CCAAAACAAGACAAAACAGCAACCUUCUGGAUUCUUCUGUAACAUUCUCCUCCCUUUAUCUUCCCAUCUCGAUCGGCCCCCGUCUUUCCGUUCAUCACUCCAAUCCCCACUACCAUUCCCCAAAAUCUCUCUCUCUCUCAAAAACCCAGUCCAUAAACAGCCAAGGAUGCCGUCGUCGGAAGAAACCCCUGCCCCACCACUCUCUAUAAUCCUGGGGUUCUCCGCCUUUGUCCGAAACCCGACAACAGAAUCUGUGUUCCUAAUCGAGGGUCCGAUAAUUCCCGACCAGCCGAUCAAAGGCGGCCCGCUGCCGGCGUCGAAGGCGUCGAUCGAGGCCAUGCAGACGGUGAAGGUAACGGAGUCGGGGUUCGAGUGCGCGAUUUGUCUGGGGGAGUGUGGGGUUGGGGAAGAGGUGAAGGAGAUGCCGUGCAAGCAUAGGUACCAUUCGGGUUGUGUCGGGAAGUGGUUGGGGAUCCAUGGGUCGUGCCCGGUUUGUAGGUAUAAGAUGCCCGUGGAGGAGGAGGGUGAGGGGAAUAGGAAAGGAGGUGAUCGGAGCGAAGGAGGAGAUGAGAUUUGGGUUAGUCUUUUCGUCGGAGGUGGUUGGAGAGAUUCGGAUAGGAACUUGGACAACGGUUCUGGAAAUUCUUCGGGUGGUCACGUAAUGGAAGCUUGAUCGGACGCUCGGGUGGAAGUGGAAUUGGAUUCUCAGAAAUUAGUUGAAGUCUAAACUGGUCCGAACACAGUGAUACUUAAGUGAUACGGGAGCUUGAGUAUUGACAGUCGAUAGUUUAUAGUUUUUGGUUUAGGUUUUUAGUUCAAAUUGUAUAGGGUUGCAAAUUAGUUUACAGUUUUGAGAUUUGUAAGCGUGAUUUUUUCUGUAUCAUUCCAAUUUUAUCGUAUGUUUCUUAAA